CAUGUACUUGCACUUCAAACUCCUAUAUAUAUGAGCUCUCCCUUCAUCAAGCUUUCUUAAACCAACUCAUAUUAAGCGUUUUUAGCCUCUUUAUCAUCUGAUUCUCUGCAGCAUGUCUUACUCUCAUGGUAAUAAUAGAAGGAUCUCCGUCGAUACUCGCGAGAUCGUCUCGACAAACGAUCCCUGCUGGAGCGAGCUCGCAUUGUUCGAGUGCUCAGGGAAUUCAGAUCACAUUAAUGAGCUACUCGAAUCGCGUAGCGUGGUGUUUGAGCUGAGGAGGAGGAGAACUCUACUCUUCGAAAGAUUUCGAGGGUCAGAGCUCUUAGGAAGAGGUGAACUGGCAUGGAAGGAUGUAUUAGGAUCAAGAGACAUAUCAUUGGAGAAAUGUGUCAAGCUUCUUUCAGCACGUAAGGCUUCGAAAAGCUUCGAGCCGGCACCGAGUUUGUUGGUGGAGACAAAGAUUAGAGUUACGAAUACAACCGAUAAGAGGAAUACGCAGAGAUUUGUGAAGAGCUUGAGUAGAUGCGAUUGCGAGCAAUGUCAAUGGACGGGAAGUGAGGAAAAUAUAUUUCAACCAGCAACUAUAAUUGAUUAGUGUGGCAUCUUUCCAUGAAAUUCUUAGAUAUUGAAGUGUAUUUUACUCUUUCUUUUCUUGUGGAGUGGUGCGGUUGUGAUACAGUAAUGCUUUUGUAAUUUAUUUAGAACUUUGAUGCCAUUGAGUGUCACAGAAUUGAGUUUUCAAAGAAGGUUGGGUUCUUAGUAAAUCUGAAUUGCAAUUUACAUAUAAUAAAGAUGUUUGUGGUUACAAAUGUAUUUUAAGAUUUCCUUAAAAGAGUUAAUAACAUGCGAGCCCCAUCUUAUUUUCUAGUCCUGUUUUACGC